ACGUCUCGAGAGGAGGAGGAGUCUUUAAAUAGCGGAGACAGCCUCCUCUGCAGCACCACUUCUGCGGAAAAGCUGCACUCUGGAGGAGCAGACACAUUCCAGCUCGUGUUUCCUUUCGCCUGUUUAACUGAAGCCUUAAAGAUGUCCACCAAGGAGAAGCUGAUCAGCCAUGUGAUGAAGGAGGAGCCUGUUGGCAGCAGGAACAAGGUGACGGUGGUGGGUGUCGGCAUGGUUGGCAUGGCCUCUGCCAUCAGUGUGCUGCUCAAGGACUUGUGUGAUGAGCUGGCCCUGGUUGAUGUGAUGGAGGAGAAGCUGAAGGGUGAAGUGAUGGACCUGCAGCACGGAUCCCUCUUCCUCAAGACGCACAGGAUUGUGGCAGACAAAGACUACAGUGUGACAGCCAACUCCAAAGUGGUGGUGGUGACAGCCGGCGCCCGCCAGCAGGAGGGCGAGAGCCGUCUUAACCUGGUGCAGCGCAACGUCAACAUCUUCAAGUUCAUCAUCCCAAACAUCGUCAAGUACAGCCCCAACUGCAUCCUGAUGGUGGUUUCUAACCCAGUGGACAUCCUGACCUACGUGGCCUGGAAGAUGAGCGGUUUCCCCCGUCACCGCGUCAUCGGCUCUGGCACCAACCUGGACUCCGCCCGUUUCCGCCACCUCAUGGGAGAGAAGCUCAAUAUCCACCCAUCCAGCUGCCACGGCUGGAUCGUCGGAGAGCACGGAGACUCCAGUGUGCCCGUGUGGAGCGGCGUGAAUGUUGCCGGAGUUUCUCUGCAGAGCCUCAACCCACAGAUGGGGGUCGAGGGUGACAGUGAGAACUGGAAGGCUGUUCAUAAGCAGGUGGUUGAUGGGGCCUACGAGGUCAUCAAGCUGAAGGGCUACACUUCCUGGGCCAUUGGUAUGUCUGUGGCUGACCUGGUGGAAAGCAUCGUUAAGAACCUGCACAAAGUGCACCCCGUGUCCACACUGGUCCAGGGCAUGCAUGGAGUGAAGGAUGAGGUCUUCCUGAGCGUCCCUUGCGUCCUGGGCAACAGCGGCCUGACAGACGUGAUCCACAUGACACUGAAGCCCGACGAGGAGAAGCAGCUGGUGAAGAGCGCCGAGACCCUGUGGGGCGUACAGAAGGAGCUCACCCUGUGAAAAGCGCUCCUCUGAAUCCUCCACUCCACUCCACUCCACUCCGAAAAACCACACUCAACACUGUGUGGGCGACUCCCUCCCCCCGUACCUCCUGUGCCCCUCACUGCAACAGGUGAAAUGAAACCUCUGAAUAUCUGAGAAGUGUUGGUAGCUAAACCAGUGGAAACUAGAUGUUACCUUCAGAUAUUCACACAGGGGUGUCAUUUUCCUUCGCUGCCUCUCCGUCUCGUCCUACCCCCGCCAUGACUGAAUUCUGGGAACUCACACCUUCAACCUUUGAGCUCAGCCUGUGUCGGAGCAAAGAUGUAGCUAUUUGUUGUCCCGUCUACAUAAGAAAAGCAAGGCCUUUGCAUAUCGAGUGUAUACAUUCUACGUACUGUAUGUUACUGCUUCUUCUGUACACUUGUUGUUCGUAUUUUUUCUGUGUGUUCCGAGAUUGUUGCCAGCUGUUUUCUUCCACUUGGUAAUCUCUGUUUAUUUUUUAAUAUAAUGGAGACAUUCCAUGUCCCUACGAGGAGGGCUUCCUAUCCACCUCCAGUCUCUACAAAACUGCUGCAUAUAUCACCGGGCCAACAUCCUGUGAUACCAAAGUACCUUCUCAUUUGAGAAAAAGCAAUGCCACAUUUACUGGUGGGCAUUGAAGCCUUUGUAAACAAGUCAAACCACAAGUGCACUGAUAGAAAAAGUAUUUCAAAGUCAAGGUUUUGAAGAACUGGCAACACAGGUCACAUCUGAGAGAAGUGGCUUGCUAUAAUUUAACACAGCAAAGAGACAACAGAGAACCAAGGGGUGAAAGAGUCUGCUACAAUCGUGAUCUUAUGGGUCAGGUUAUGAAUCAUAACAGAAGGUAAUAAUCUUGAAGGUGUUGUUUGCACACCCGUAUUUAUUUUACUAAAACUGAUCCUGGAAAAAAAUAGGAGAGAAACGAUGGUAUUAUUUAUAACUGUUAAUACUGUUAAGCUCUAUUUAUGUUUUAAUGUUACAACCUUAGAUAUGGUCUAUUAAUCACCUGCCUCACUGAGGAACUGUACCCGUCGCGGCAGCUGGAUGUUGAUUUUUAUUUGCCGUAACAUCAAAUAAAUCUGCCAGGAUAAUGAUACAAGUUU